AGUGGUAACAUGAAUCUCUAUCUCUUUCAUAUUUACCAUUUAACCGGUUUCGGUUUCGAUUAUUUGAGAUAUUAUAAAAUCGAUGAUGUAAUUGGUAGUUUUAGUUAUGUAGGAUUUUGAUGGAUAUUUUAAGCAAAAGAUUGGUGUAACAAAUUCUUCCAAGCAUGGGAAAUAGGCCUGCAAAACCAAAGGGCAGAUACCUAAAUGAAUUAAUAAAAAAAGUUCCCAACAUGAAUUUCGAGGAAGUGCUAAAUACUUACGAGGAAUUCCAAGCGCAGUCGCGAGGCAGUGGUCGCCUCAAGCAGAAGGAUUUUAUCGAAGUAUACAAAAGAGCCUUCCAGGGGAACAAAGGGGCCACAGCUCUGGCCGAGAGUAUCUUUCAGUCGUUUGACACGGACAACAGUGGUUAUAUCGAUUUUGAAGAAUUUCUAGUCGGUCUGAGCCUCACAGAAGCAAGUCUUGGUGGAUCGGACAGAGAAACAAAGUUAAAGAAACUGAAAUGGGCAUUUAAUGUCUACGACAAAGACCGAAGUGGGACGAUCGACAAACACGAAAUGCGUUCAAUAGUGCGGGUUGUGGCAGAGCUCGCUCCGGAAGAUUCGUUUCUAAGAAACGGCUCAGCAGAAGACUUUGCAGAUCGCUUAUUCAAUCAAGUGGACGCGAACGGAGAUGGAGAUAUUACAUUUGAAGAGUUCCGAAGGGCAGCUGAAAUCAACGAAACCUUGAUAGAUUUACUACUCCCAGCGCCAGCCGUUUGAUUUAAAGUGUAACUUUACCUUUUCUCCGCCAUAUUUAGUGCUAUUGCGUUAUUUUUGCAUAUAUUUCAGUAAGCCUUUAGUUUAAACCUAUUUAUUUUUUAGCUCGAUUGCAUAGAAAGUAAUUCCUACUUAUUUGAAAUGCUCUCGAGUCCGUUUCCUGGGCCUAGUACCAGUACUUGGUGUCUAUAUGGGAGAUCGAAAGAACGCUCCCACAGCGGGGAUCGAACCCGUGACCUCGCGGUCGCUAGGCGGACACCAUAUCCAUUUCACCACAGCGACCUUAAAGCCAGUAAGCCAGUAAGCAUCUUUUACCAAAAUAUACGUGCAAAUAUAACUUUAGUGCAUGUUAUGCAGUACACCCACUUGGUAUUGUUUUAUCUUUCGGGAGUUUCGAUAGGGUAAGAUUUGGUUUUCACUACUUAAUAACUAAAAGUGAUUUAUAUGAGGCUAUAAAAACAUUGCGCUGUGGCGGCUAACGCUCUAAUACAAAACGGACGAAACGAGCGAAAACAUAAGGUGCAAAAACAGUCGAUUUUUUUAUCAAGUUCUUUCUUGCAUACCACAUGAAAUACAUCUGAAUUUCUUAAAUCAAUUCGGCGUAGACUUGUAUUUAAGAAAAAGUCUGGUUAUGAGUGUUUCUAUGUUAGAGAUUGCAUUUAUAUUUCGUUCAGGUUGUGACUUUUCAUUAAAUUAUAAAGUGA